AGCCGCUCCUCUCUAACCCCACCUCUCAUCUCACAAGCUAGCUAGUUGCUGUAGCUGCCAUGGCCAGGGAUCUCGCCUUCGUCCUCCUCGUCCUUGCCGCGCUAGCCGCCUUCUCGUCAGCGACCAAGCUGACUAUCCACAACCUCUGCCCGCACCCGGUCUGGCCGCUCGUCACCCCCAACGCCGGCCUUCCGUCCAUCUCCGAAAACACCGCGCGCCUCGACACCAACGCGAUUCUCUCCCUCACCUUCCCACCCACCUUCUGGGCCGGCCGCGUCGCGGCCCGCACCGGCUGCAACGACGGCACGUCGCCGCCGCGCGGGUGCUUCACGGGCGACGCGCCGCCGUCCACCGUCGCGCAGAUCACGGUCCACGACAGCGGGAACCUGGACCUCGCCGCGUACAGCGUCAGCCUCGUAGACGGGUUCAACGUGCCGAUGGUGUUGAGCCCGCAGGCCAUCGGCGGCGGGCAGUGCCCGGCGCUCGGCUGCGUCGUGGACCUCAACUGCGACUGCUCUCCGGACAACCGCGCCGCCGAAGGCACCGCGUGCCGCGGGCCCGCGGGGUACUUCAAGAACCGUUGCCCGCUCACCAGGACCACGCCGACAGACGUGGAGCCCGUGCCGCAGAGCUGCCGCGCGCCCGGGGAGCUUAAGAUCGUCCUCUGUCAGUCGUCCAUGCUCCAGUGCGGCGCCGCGGCGGCGGAGGACGCCGACAUGGUCAUCCGCACCGUCGUCGCCGACAACUAGAGCCCGGAGCUCCGUGUUGUCCUCGCUUUGCCGUACUUCUACGCCAUGCGCGAUCCGUGCGGUCGAUUCUCUACAACAAUAUGCUAGCGGUAGAAAAUGAAGUGGAGUCGAAGAAAGAAGCCUCAGCAUUGGAGAAUAGUUUCAGUAACGGCCGGCGGUCCGGCUCGAAAAAUCGGGAACCGGUACCUUGCCCGGUGUUUUUAAGGUGUAUAGGUCUUUUGGUGAAAAAAAUCAAGAAAAUAUUUUAAAAAUGAUGUAAAAACUCAAACAACUAACCUUGAGGCAAGGCAUGCCAAGGUUAGAACACUUUGUGAUUUAUUAUUGGGUUACGUUUGAUAUAAUGUGCAUUCAUUUGAUUUUUGGUCAAAAUUUUGAAAAAGUACCUUAAAUCUUUUGAUA